AUGAUUAAAGAGGGUUUAGCUGAUUCAUGUGCUAUAUUAUCAAAAUUUGUCAUAAAAAGUUGGCGUAUUAUUCAACGUGGUAUGAAUAAAGCAGAUGCAAAUGCUUUAAUAACUCUCGGAAAUCAACUAAACACCGAUUUUAAAAAUGAGUUAGCCAAAUUUGUUGAUUCAUCAAGACCCGAUUUGGUUAAUAUUUAUUUUCAAUUGUUACGUAAUACAACAGGUUAUAAUAUUGAAGAUUUGUUAAAAGAAAAAGAUGCUUUAGAAAUUGAUUUAUUACAACGAGCAGAAGAAGUAACAAAUAAAUCUUCUGAAUGCGGGAGAAUUCAAGGAAAAAUUGAUUCAAUUGAAUACGAAAAGCAAAUUUAUGAUAUAGCCAUUCGAGAUUCCGAGGCGGCAAAAUCAGAAAUGAAAGAAGAAAUAGCUCGAUUGAAAGCACAAAUACCUGAGUAUAAAAAGGAGAUAGAAAAGUAUCGACAUAAUUAUUCAGAAGAACGACAAUCUGCUUGGAUAUUUUCCUGGAAAAUACAAAAAACCCGUAAAGAUAAUGGCAAAAGAAUAGCACGGGAACAUCUCAAUGGAUUACGUGGUCGAAUCCAUGUUCUUGAAAGAAAAUUAAAAAAUUGGUCAAAUGAUGAUUUAACUCAAAAAUCGGAAGAAGCAACAAGUAUUUUGCAAAAACUUGAAGGAGAGAAAAAGGAUUUAGAAAAACAACAUGAAAUACUCAACAGUUCGCAUAAUCAUACUGAACAAAAAUUUCAUGCUGUUAUUGAAAAAAUUAAUAAAAUUUAUGAAACGACUGGAACUGUCAAUGUUAAAAGUAUCACAGCAGUGGAUGAUUUAUGUCGUGGUCUUCAAACUGGAUCAGAAGCUCUUAUAUCAGCUUGUGACAAAAUACUUAGUCAUUUAGAAGGAAUUGAUCUUGAUCCAAAUUCCUUAAUUGAUGCUGUACUAGAUGCUUUAAAAUUGAUCAAUAUGGCUGAUGAGUAUAAUGAUUCCACAAAAAUUAAAGAUAUUAAACGGAUAUUAAUGGGAUCUAAAUAA